AUGACACAUAAUACUGGGCUCUCUUCACGUACUAAAAUUGCUUUUCUAGCAGAUGAAGCCACAAUUAAUGGAUUUAAACUUACGGGAAUAAAUGGAUCUGAGUGGACCUGCCAGUCUGUGCAUGGGGUGUUCAACUAUUUUUAUGUUGUAUCUGACACAACUGACCCAGCUGAGGUAAUAUCUAAGUACAACAUAUUCAUAGAAAGAAAAGAAAUAGCAAUGAUAUUUCUGGGAAGAAAGGCAGCGGACGCACUAAAGGACGAGAUACCCAAAAAAAAAGGAAAUGUUCCCGCUGGUAAUGGAGAUUCCAUCAAAAAAUACGGCGCCGAGUAUUGCAGAAAUCAAAUUGAUGAAGAGGCUGAGUGACUUAUCUGGAGUAAAUACAAAAUAAACCAGGCAGAUACAAUACACCGUGCAGAAAUAGCCCAAAAUAUAAUUUUACAGUGCGCGCAUAGAGAAUACAAAGAACUGUGCUGUUUAUUUAUAGAUGGCCACGAUACACCCAGAAUUUCUAGUCUAUACCAGAUCGGUCUAUUUCUAUGCCAAGUAUGCUGUUUAC